UCAAGUUCGAAACAACUUCACUCGUACACAUGAACAAACACGGACAACAAAAAUAAUUGGAUGUGCCUGGUAACCAUACUUUUCUUAUAAACGUUUGUUCUACGUUAUUUCUUGAGUUUAUUCUGAAUAAGAGAAGAAGCAGCUCGGCUUUACAUCCGAUCAGCCAUGAUCGAAAUCUUGUGUAAUGGCAGGUGAUACCCAAGUUCCUAACCCCAAUUCUCAAUUGUCUAGCACUGGCAAUAUACCAAACAAUGGCUCAUUGUUCUAUCUGCAAUGAUGUCCAAUGGAAUUCAGAGAUCUUGCUUUGUUGUACCAUAACUCUUCAGUUGAAAAAUGGUGCAGCUCGUCACGGUUAUGAUUUUAGGACAUUGAGUGAAAAGACUUGGUUACAAUUCCAAUUGCUGUACAUUCUGUCACAAUCUGAUGAUGGAGCCGAGAACGUAUUUGGCUCCAGUAGGACUGCCCGUCUUGUCCGUUUGGAAUACAAGUCUGGUCAACGCACAACUGUUGAUCAACAUUCAUGUGAGCAGCUAUCUAUUAAAAUCAAGUGGCCCUAUUAUCUAAUUAGAAUUGGAGCUAAUGGUCUAUGUAUUCCCAACCUGUUUGGCCUCGAGUUUGUUACAUUGGAACAGGCAGAUGUUCUAUUACCUCUCUGCUCUUUGUGGAGAAUCUGUAAUUUGGGGCUUGCACAAUCUACCUCCGAAGUCAAACUAAACAUUCGAGGGGCUGUACUUGUUCUUACUAUGACUUAUUUUAAAUUUCAUGAAUUCAUCUGAUUUUAUUGACAAAGGGACAACGUGGCAGGUGUGUGUGGUGCUCUUCCUCAUACUCAUGGAAAGAACAAUGCCAUGUAUAACUUAAAGAACACCUCCAAAGUCUGAAUUCGUUAAGGCCGGAUACGCUUCAAGUUCUCCAAGGUUAGUGAUCAAAGCUGUUCUUUGGCCCAGGGGAGGGAUAGAAUCAGUCAGGAAACAGUGACAGUAAAACAAAAAGUUUCAGUUUGUUCUAUUUAUAUCCAUCUGUUUUAUAAACAAAGUUUGAAAGUUGUCAACAAUUUUUUCAUUGUCAACCUUUAUAUACAAGAAUGGAAUAGAAAAGAGGCAAUGAAGUUAAUAUCGUUAAACCUAAGAACUUGUCAUCUUCAAGUAGCACUAAUCUGUUUGUAGAAGAGACAAUGAUAGUGUUCUUGAUUUGUGUAGGACUCGUCCUCUUUUUACUUUGCCCAUUUCUAUCCUACACCUUUGCUGUAGACGUUUGUCAUCCUUUUUCCAUGUGGUAUGAUGGAUUGAAUUCAUUUCCGUUAUUGAGAUCUUACUGCAUAGAUGGAUGAUAGAAUUAUAUGCACCUAAGUAAGUGUAUAGGAUUUUUCAGUUGUUUAUAUAUCCCCUGUGUGAUAGCUUUUCUAAGAUUCUCCCCAUUUCAGAAUUAUAAUUGUUCUCUCUAGUUGUCAAAGUAUGAUGUUGAAAUUCUGCUGUAAAUUUAUCUAGGU